AUGGAAAGUCAUGUCAAGGAGGCAGGAAGACGCGAGCUUGGGAUCGGGAAGGCUCCGGCCAUCGGGAAACCGUCCAGCGACUUUAACGCUGACAUUCAGAAGUUCCUUAUUGUCCUCGGGUGUCUGGUGUUAGCGAUCCUUACAACGUUCAAAGAAUAUGAAGAUAUUUCAGGAGACUGGCUCCUUCUUAUAGAACGAUUCGCCCUCGUCAUCUUCGGAGCAGAAUUUGCGCUCAGGAUUUGGGCCGCCGGUUGCUGCUGUCGCUAUAAAGGCUGGAGGGGGCGGCUGAAGUUUGCCAGAAAACCUCUCUGUAUGCUGGAUAUCUUCGUCCUGGUCGCCUCUAUUCCUGUGGUAGCUGUUGGGAAAAAUCAGGGAAAUGUGUUGGCCACAUCUCUUCGGAGUUUGCGUUUCCUACAGAUUCUGCGGAUGCUGCGAAUGGACAGGAGAGGGGGGACGUGGAAGCUCCUGGGGUCUGCCAUCUGUUCACACAGUAAGGAGCUCAUCACUGCCUGGUACAUUGGGUUCCUGACGCUGAUUCUCUCAUCAUUCCUCGUCUACUUGGUGGAAAAAGACGACCACGAGCUAAACGAGAAGGGGGAGAAGAUAGAAGAUUUUGAAACGUACGCUGACGCCCUCUGGUGGGGACUGAUCACCCUUGCAACCAUUGGCUACGGAGACAAGACCCCAAAGACCUGGGAAGGACGCUUAAUUGCAGCCACGUUCUCCUUGAUUGGUGUCUCAUUUUUUGCACUUCCUGCUGGGAUCCUUGGAUCUGGACUCGCUCUUAAGGUUCAGGAACAACAUCGACAGAAACAUUUUGAAAAGAGAAGGAAACCGGCAGCAGAGCUCAUCCAGAGCGCGUGGAGAUUUUAUGCCACUAACCUGAGCAGAAUUGACCUGACCGCCACCUGGAAGUACUAUGAGUCAAUUGUGCAGUUUCCAUAUUUCAGGAAAGAACCAUUGGAUGGCGCCCCUAGUCAAAGGUGGAGCCUGCUGGAUCGAGUACGGUUGUCCAACCCACGCGGAAACAGCCCAAAAGCAAAAACAUUUUCCCCAUUGAACCUCGAUGGUGUAGAAGAGAGUCCCUCAAAAGAGCCAAAAAACAUUGCCCUGAGUAAUAAGGAGCGAUUCCGCACCGCAUUGAGGAUGAAAGCUUACGCAUUUUGGCAAAGCUCAGAAGAUGCUGGAACAGCUGGAGAUCCAAUGGCUGAAGCUGGUUACAGUAAUGAGUUCCUGGUAGAAGAUUUAAUCCCUACGAUAAAAGUGGCUAUCCAUGCUUCUAGAAUACUACAAUUCCUUUUACGUAAAAAAAAAUUUAAGGAGACGCUGAGGCCUUAUGAUGUCAAAGACGUUAUAGAGCAAUAUUCUGCAGGCCAUUUGGACAUGCUGGCCAGGAUUAAAUAUCUCCAGUCAAGAAUAGACAUGGUCUUUGCUCCAGGUCCCCUUUCUACACCCAAACAUAAGAAGUCCCAGAAAGGACUGGGUGGUCCAGGAGGAUACGGCUAUCCAUCCCAACAGUCUCCAAGGCAUGAUCCCUAUGGGUCCAAAGCUUCAGAUUUUGAAGACCAAAGCAUGAUGGGAAAAUUUGUGAAAGUAGAAAGACAGGUCCAGGAUAUGGAAAAGAAAUUAGACUUUUUGGUUGAUAUGCAUAUGCAGCAUAUGGACCAGCUACAGGUCCAGGUAACGGAGUACUACCCACUUAGAGAGUCCCAAGUAGAAGAAGAGGGAGAAGAGAGCAGAUAUUCAGAACUUGGUAGGGUCGUUUAUAACUAUACAGAAUCCUGCACCCAUGGAAAUCCCUACAACAUGCAUCAAGUUUCUUUUAAUAAAUUGGAUCAGUAUGGGUUCUUCGAGAACUACCCUGUGGAAUUUACCGCACCCAUGCCUUUUAAUGGUGACCACUGUUCCAGAAGGAGCAUGACCUCCUCGCCCAAUUAUACAGAAAGGCCAACAGAUUUACCUAUUCAGACUUUGAUAGACACUCGGGUCGACUAUCGUCAUGAAAGAGAGAUCUCAAGCCCGUAUGCCGAGAGGGUCUCCCCUAUACAUAGAAGAAGUUUUACAAGAGAUAGCGACACUCCCCUGUCUCUUCUCUCGGUCAACCACGAUGAACUUCAGAGGUCUCCUAGUGGUUUCAGUAUUUCCCAAGAAAAAGAAGACUUUAAUUUUGGCCCCAAUGGCUCCACGUGGAUGAGAGAUAAACGUUACUUAGCGGAAGGUGAAACGGAUACAGAUACGGACCCGUUCACACCUAGUGGCCCCAUGACCUUGUCGUCAACGGGAGACGGUUUUUCAGAUUCGGCAUGGACACCUUCGAAACCUGUAUAAAAUCCACGUGGCCCGGGAGGACACUGACCUUCCCUUUUCGUACGACGUACUACAUCUUUGUAUAAGUCACUAUACACUUUCCAAAGCUGAAUCGUUGAGAAGAGGAAGAACACCAUCAAUGGCUAAAUAUGAUGCAUGUUUAACUUUGUAGCCAUGGCAUCAUCUCACAUAAAAUUCUGUCACUUUUCUUUUGUUUCUCUUCACGACAAAUGAGACAGCCUUUAGAUUCCGGCAUGACUUGCAUGUGUUUACAUGAUAUAAGUGUAAAAAAAAAAUAAUCUAUUUUAUAUUUUGUAAUGAUAUGGCACAUACCUAACCCAUGGGUGAUCUAUGCAGAAGGAAACUCAGAUGUGAGCGUUCAUUUUCCAUCCCUAGCGCAGGAUUUUUUUUUCCAUUGUGCUGCACAGUGUUCAUUAGGACUUUAGGUCUUUUUUUUUUUCAUAGUGGUUGUAGUACUUAGACUUCUUUAACUUAUUGGCUUCAUGCGCCCUCUUGCAACUUUGAUCUAACACAUUGCUUUAUGAUGUUUCUCAAUUCUGUACUUUUUUUUUUUUAACACGGCCUGAUUUUUUCCGCUGUAUAGAGCUAGUCAGACUCAUCUGUUACUCUCUACUGUUUACAAGGUAACGCCUAUGUGCGGGCUACACUGACAUUGAUCUGCAGGUGAGCUGUAUACUCAUAAUGGUAGGAUUUUUAAAAAAUCAAACCGAUUUACAACGUUUUUUCUUUUUUAUAUAUUUUAGAGCAAUUAUUGCAAAAGUUCACAUACCCACAAAUUGUAGUAAAUUUGUAAUAAAGACAUGCAGAAUAAAGGGAAAUAUGGAGCAGUGUGCACAUGCGUGCACUGAUAAAUUAGCCAAUAAUCUGGAGCAAUCAGGCCGAUAAUUAUAAUCGAGCUCAUCAGUUAUCAAACAUGCAGGUAUUUUUACAAACAGCCACAGCAAACGUUGUAUAAGCCAUAUCUUCGAACCACCCCGUCGUUUUUAAGAACGGUCCCAGUUCUUGGAGAGGGUGAAGCUUUACUUCAGGCCAUUUUCAAAGUCUCAGCUAGGGGGCGAUAUAAGUCAAUAUCAGAAAGAGAGCUCCUUUAUUACUUUUUAGAUUCCUCAUCACCAUUCCAAUAUACCAAAAAAAAAAAAGCACUAGACCACACAUAGAUCUAUAUUUCUUUUAUUUAACCUGUAAUGGAUUGAUAAGCCCAUUGAAAUUUAUUUUAAAAUGAUAUAUAAUUAGAGAAGUUCUAAUUUAUAUUCAGAAUUUUUAUUUUAUUUUAUAUAUUUUCAUUGAGGUCUGAAGUUUACAAAAGUCCUAUUAAAGGGGAAGUUUAAUUUUGUGUGUUACAGGACUGGCCAAUUUAAUGUCAUUGUCUUAGUAGAUGCAGAUAGAGCAGGCGGCCUCUAACAGCUGACACCUGCCGAUUUGUAAACAAUUGUUUGGCAGCGCCAUCUGUUGGCAGAAACUGAAAAAUGCAGCAAAAACGAAAUGACGUUUGCAAGGUGCAGUUGACCAGCUUCAGCUGUUUGCCUCUUUUUGUUAGCGUGACUAUGUGGUGGAUUACUCCAGUUUAGGAACCGUAGAUCUCACUACGGUAUUGAAUUCUUCAAUGGAUGUUUAAUGAUUCUAUAGAAAAAUUAAACACCGCCUACAGGUUGUAACUGGUAUUACAAAGUAGCACAUGCCAUUCAAUAAUGGUGUGGCAGAGAAAGCUACCUCUCUAGUGCCACCUAUAGGUGACUAUCCUGUAAAUCAAUGUUCAGUCCCUUAAAGUGGUACUCCAAGAUUUAACCCUAGGAUAAGUCAUCAAUAUCAGAUUGGCACCCAGCACCCUUGUUAAUCAGCUGUUAGGGAGCAGGUGCGGCUCCGAAACUACACAGCUCCAUCCAGUGGAUGGAGCUGGUAACUGCAGUGUUGCUCCCAGUCACUCCAAUGGAAGAAGAACAUUGGUAACCAUCUCUGCCCACAAUGGACGGAGCUGUGUCGUUCUAGGAAAUAUUUCUGGCACUGGACCUACUGAUCAUGGGGGUAGGGGGUGUCGGGUCCCUACCGAUCUGGUAUUGAUGAGCUAUCCUUGGCAUAGGUCAUCAAUUGCUGGAUCUUGGAGAAUUUGUAAUUAUUUGUAAAAAAAACUUUCCUGGGGUGGAUGUAUUGAAGAUACACUUCCGUCCCUUAUAGUCUGCAUAGACAGUGCAGUGAGGUGUGUGCACUUUAUGACAGGUGCAAUGGAUGGGAGUUAACUGAAAUGUAGUGGAUUAUUACAAUUUCCAGUGGGUAAUGGAAUA